AUGGGCGGAAUGUCCGGUCCUCGCCAGAGCAUAUAUGUAGACGGCUUUCACUCACGAAAGCAGGUUGCUCAACAAACUCAAGACCAAACAUUCCUAUCUCAAAUCAUUCAAAAUUUAAAGUCCCAAGAUUUCUGCCACAUUGCUUUUACUAUGAUUUCAAAAGAGCAGCAGCCCCCCAAGAGCGCUGCCGACCUGUCUAAAAGAGUAAAUGAACUUUUAGAGAUUGAGAGCCAGUACGCAGCGGGUGGUGUCUACCCGCUACCAACGUUCAUUGCAAGUGGAAAAGGCUCGAUUUUGAAGGAUGUGGAUGGCAACGAGAUCAUCGAUUUCAUCCAGAUGAUGAGCGCGACGAACCUUGGCCAAUGCCACCCGAAGAUUGUUGAAGCAGUUAUCAAAUCGGCGCAAGAAAUCACACUCUCAAAUAUCGCUACAAAGACAGCAACAUGGCCAGAGUUCUGCAAGAUGAUGUGUGAGCGCUUCGGCUACGACAGGAUUAUCAGCUCUGUGUCCGGCUCCGAAGCAGCUGAUGCUGCUGUCAAAUUCGCAAGAAGAUGGGGAAUCAAGGCCAAGGGGAUUGAUCCCAGGGAAACGCUCGUUCUCGGCGUGUCAGACAAUUACCACGGCAUGUCUGCUGGUAUCUGGCCCAUCAUGAACGAUAUGGGUCAAGGCAGGAAUUUUGGUAUUUUCAACGAAAACCUGACGAACCGGAACCCAACAAACGGAAAGCCUCUACGCUACUGCCAUCUGGAAGAUUUCGAGGAGGUUUUCGCUUCUUGCCAUGGUCGCAUCGCUGCAGUCAUCAUGGAGUGUAUCCAUGGGAAGAAACCCACCUUCAAAGAGGAACUCGAUUUCGCUACCGGUGUGAGAAAGCUCUGUGCGAAAUAUAACGCCAUCUUCAUCGCUGAUGAGAUCCGCAUGGGUGCCGCAAAAACCGGCAAGUUUUUGUGCUCCGACUGGAUGGGCCCAGAGAACAAGCCCGACAUGGUGAUCAUGGGAAAGUCUAUCACCGCUGGUGCUUACCCAGCCUCGUAUGUUAUAGGUACUGAUAAAGUGAUGGGCCUCAUCAACGCAUACGAGAAUGUUGCAACCUUCGGUAUGACUCCGAUGGGUAUCGCCACAACCAAGGCCGCGUUGCAAGUCUAUGACGAUGAAAACUUGCUAGAGAGAGCGUUGUGGAUUGGCGACCUCUGGACCAAAGCUACUGCUGACUGGAAACACCCACACCUCGACUACACGACUUGCCGAGGAGCAGACUUGCAGAUAUAUUUCAAGGGUGUCGACAAUAUUCGCGCAUACACCCGACGCUUCGGAAUGCUGUGUCUGCAUAAAGGGCUGCUGUGCUAUCCGGAUGGUGAACGUGUCAGAUUAGGUGUAGCGUUGAACAUCCCAGAAGAUGAGCUUCGAAGAGGUAUCGCUAUCCUCAAGGAAGCUCUUGAUGAGGUAGACGAGUCCGACGAGGUGUACACCGGCCCACCAAUGAAGGGUGAAAUUCCGGACAUGUAG